CAAAAAUGUAUUGUAUGCUGCUGCAUAAAUGAUGUAAUAUGCCAGGGAGAUAUGUAUACUGUAGCUAAGAAAGUAUAUUGUGUAAUAAACUGUUAGUAGCCCAUGUGCCUCACGCUAAUAAUUUUGGUCUAUUUUCACCAACGCGGUAAUUGUAAACCCAUCGUUCGUGGCCGGUGCGUGCUUGUUUGCAAACUUUUUUUGUACAGCUUUGACAGUGCUACUGAUAGUAGUGGUGGCACAUGGCUUGCACGUGCAAAUUCAGCACACAGAACAUUCUAUAAUAGUUAUUUGACGUGUAAAAAUAUAUAUACAGUACCAGUCAAACGUUUGGACUCACCCACUGUAGAAUAAUAUUGUAGAAUAAUAGGGAAGACAUCAAAACUAUUAAAUUUAUUUUACUAGGCAAGUCAGUUAAGAACAAAUUCUUAUUUUCAAUGACGGCCUAGGAACAGUGGGUUAACUGCCUGUUCAGGGGCAGAACGACAGAUUUGUACCUUGUCAGCUCGGGGAUUUGAACUUGCAACCUUUCGGUUACUAGUCAAACGCUCUAACUACUAGGCUACCCAUGGAAUCAUGUAUAUAGCCCCAAAAAAGUUUUAAACAAAUCAAAAUAUAUGUCAAACUUGUAUGCAUUUUGCUACCAAAAUAUCGUUUCACAUCAGUCCAGGGGCCUGUUGCACAAAAGUAGAAUUAAGACAUCCGGGAUAAAUGACUCAGCUGAGCUCAAUGAAGCCAAAACAUGUGCGUCCAGGCUUAAUUGGUUGCACAAAGACCAAGCCAGGAUGAGCAGACACGGAUUCAUUAAGCCAGGUGAAACCAAUCCUGGAUAGGUGCGCGCUCACGGCUCACUCAAAUAGACCCCGCCACAGAUCACAGAUUAACUGAUUUACCAUGGCAACUAGAGCCGCGUACUUUUCCCCGUCGGAAGCACAAAUCCUCAUGGAGGCAUACGAGGAGGUAAAAGAUAUAAUUAAGAAGAAAGGCAACACCGCCACAGUGAUAAAGCAAAGAGAAAAAGCGUGGCAAAGUAUUGCAGACCGCCUGAAUGCAUUAAACAUGAACGGGCCAAAACGGACAUGGCAGCAGGUCAAAAUCAAAUACAAGAACAUUCUGCAGAAUGCAGUGAAAAAGAAUACCCACAGACAAGGCACGGGUGGUGGGUCACCAAAGGCUGACCUUACCCCAGCAGAGGACAUGGCCUUGGAGCUAAAUAAAGGCAGGCCCGUCUUAGAGGGGAUCCCUGGGGGAAAGAGACGAGCAUAGGUUCCUCCCAAGAUGCCACCCGCUUCAUUCAAGUGCCUGGCAGCACUGUGUUCCUGUUAGAGCCACCAGCACAAGCACCAGACGAUGCUGAUCCAGGUGAAGGCCCCAGUGCAGCAGCAACAGCACAUGAUGGAGACGAUGAUGAGGAGGAGACCAUCUCUCUGGAUUCCAGAAGGCAUGAGGACCCAGAUGCUAUACAGUGGGAAAACCAGCCUGGCAACAUAGUGCGUAUUAAUAAAAGGACACCACAUCCUGCCAAAUUCCAGCUGCGCUAAUUGUAUUGUGUUCACAGAGCUCACAAGCUAUCAGAAAGUUGUAUGGCAACCACCUCCGGUGCCAAAUAGAACUGGCAGACAUAGACAUUCAGUACAAGAAGAAAAAGAUAGAAAAUCUUGCACUGGAGUCCGAAAUAAAAAAGAGGACAAUUAGGAAACUGGACCUUGAAAUAAAAAAACUUGCGAGGGAGGUGAGAUAUGCCUUCAAUGUACACUGUAUGCUAACUGUAACACAAAUGUAUUAAUCAUUAUUUUUAUUUCCUCCCCCAGCUCCAAGAAGAUGACACAGCUCAAAAUAAAAAUUAGGUAUAUUCUCGUAAAGUCAAGUGAGCCAUGACAUAUGAGCUCUUAUUGUGAGCACACAGGACGGUGGCAUCUUUCUAAGGUUUUUUUUUAUUUUCCCAGCAAUCAGUACAACCAAGUCAUCGUUAUAAGGCAUCGCCCUCUUUUGCCCACCCCCCCAGCACCAGGUGUGGCCACUAGCCUAUAUGAAGGCCCAAAAUUGUGUGUUCCUUUCUGCUCUGACAAUGGCAUGCCCAUUCGUGCGAGAUGUGGUGGAUGAAGAAGCACUUGUGCUGAGGAGAGCCUUCAGGCGAGAAAGGGUCUUCAGGGACCGGUUGGACCCACUGGCCUUCCCUGAUGACCAUCUAUAUGAAAGAUACAGGUUUUCUGCAGAUGGCAUCAGGUAUCUAUGCAGACUACUGGGUCCCAGGAUUAAGCACCGCACUGCACGGAGCCAUGCACUGAGUGUGGAGCAAAUGGUUUGUGUGGCCUUGCGCUUUUUUGCUAGUGGAGCCUUCCUGUACUCAGUGGGGGAUGCAGAACAGCUGAACAAGGCCACAAUUUGCCGCACAAUAAGGAGUGUGUGUCUGGCUAUCAAAGCAUUAGCAGAUGUCUUCAUCUCCUUCCCUGGCCACAGAAGACUCUGUGACAUCAAAGAGGAGUUCUAUAGGAUUGCAGAUGGUCUGCAAUGCUGACUGUGUGAUCAGCAAUGUUGUGGCAAAAUGGCCUGGCUCAGUCCAUGACUCCAGAAUCUUUCGGGCCUCUGAAAUCUAUCAGUGCCUAUCACAAGGUGAAUUCUCUGGUGUGUUGCUGGGAGACAGGGGGUAUGGCUGCCAGCCUUUUCUCCUGACACCUUUCACAGACCCCCAGGAAGCACAGCAGGCCUACAACCAUGCCCAUGCCAGGACCAGGGCCAGAGUUGAAAUGACCUUUGGCCUCCUGAAGGCACGCUUUCACUGCCUUCACAAAUUAAGGGUCAGCCCUGUUAGGGCAUGUGAUAUUACUGUGGCUUGUGCUGUCCUCCACAAUGUGGCCUGCCUGAGGAAGGAGAGGGCCCCCAGAGUGCCACCAGCCAUGGACUGGGACAAUCCGGCAAUCUUCCCUGAUGACGACAGUGGUCGAAUGCUGAGGGACCAAUAUGUGUUGAAUUAUUUUAGUUAGUAUGUGUGCUUUCAAUUUUGGUUAAAUAUGUCCUGCGGUGGCAGAGGAAUUUGGGUUUUUUUGGGUUCGUUUUUUGACGAAUUUGGCCUCUUAUGAUGUUUGUGCGGUAUACUGUGUGUAAUACAAGGCUGCAGGAGGCUACUGCAUCCAUUCAUUUGUCUGUUCAGUUGAUGUGUAUGGAUUUGUCCUGCAUUUAUUUUAGUGUGCAGACAUGCAGGGUGUGUUAUAUACAGACCUUUGAAUGUGUAUGUAUCAUUUUGUAUAAUAUGCUUGGAUUCUGUGCUUUCCAUCUUGUAGAGUCACUGUGACUUCAGUUUCGAAAGGAGCUGAUGGUUUACCUGCUUUGUUUUGUCCUUAUUCAAUAAAGGAACAUAAUGUUACACAUUGUGUUUUUAUAUUCA